AUGUCUAAAAAACCCAAUAUUAGUGCUGACAUAAAACCAUCUGAAUCUGUCGUUCCCAAAGAAGCAUCUCUUUUUCCAAAAGAUCGUCAAGGCACUUGUUCAAUAUGUAAUGAUAAUGAUCUUACUUUAGUUAAUCUUUCAAAAAGAUGUCAACAUCAAGCAGCUUGUUGUAUUCCAUGUCUUACACAAAAUAUUUCUAAUGGUAUAACUGUCAAAGGUAUUCAUCGUUUUGAAUGUCCUAUGCCUACAUGUAAAGUGGAGUUUGAGCCUUCGGAAUAUUAUCGUUUACUCGAUACUCGCCUAACAACUUUAGUCGAUAAACUUUUAUUAAAUCGAUUUCUUGAAUCAAAUGAAGAAUUUCGAUGGUGUAAAUCAAGAAAAGGAUGUGGAGCUGGACAACUUGUAUCAAAUUAUAAAGAUUUACUUGGAUAUUAUACAUGUUAUGCAUGUCAUCAACCAUUAUGUUUUCGACAUUCAAUUGAAUGGCAUACAGGUUAUACAUGUGAUGAAUUUGAUCGAGAACGCACUCUCAAUCCUGAUUUAGCAUCAGAUGUAACUGUUCUUGCUUUUACAAAACAAUGUCCUAAUCAAUUAUGUCGUACACCAAUAAUGAAAUUUGAAGGAUGUGAUGUUAUGACAUGCUGUCGAUAUGGAACACAUGCAUGUUCUGAAGCGAAAGGCAAAUGUGAUCAUGGUGGACAAAAUUAUUGUGGGCAAAGAUUUUGUUGGAAAUGUUUAGGAAAAAUUGAUGUUAAGAAAAUAACUGGAACAUACAUAAGACAUUGUAAUCAAAAUUGUGAAUAUGCCACACUUAAUAAUUAA